AUGGCAGCCAAAUCACCAGUUAUUCUCAUCCUCGGCUAUGGUGCCAACAUCGGCCAGUCUGUCGCUCGCAAGUUCAGUUCCCAGGGUUACAGAGUCGCCGUUGCAGCCCGCUCUGUCAAAGAAGCAGACAGCACUGAUACCCAGCUCAACAUCCCGAGUGACUUUACGAAGACAAAUGACAUUGUAAAUGCCUUUGAUAAAGUCAAGAAGGAGUUCGGUACUCCCAGUGUUGUUGUGUACAAUGCCAGCGCGGGAAACUUUAGCCCAGCCAAAGACCCUUUUGAUCUGCCACUUGAAGACUUCAACAACAACGUAACCAUCAACAUCCGCAGCGCCUUUGUAGCCGCCCAACAAGCAGUUGCAGGCUUCGCGCAGCUCCCUGACUCUGCUUCUCGCACUUUCAUCUACACUGGUAAUGUUCUCAAUGUUGCCAUGCUUCCUCAGUUCCUUACCGCCGGUAUUGGCAAGUUCUAUUAUGUUGAUGAGCGCAAGCCCGAGGGUGGACCAAUUUAUCGUGUCAAUGGAGAUGCGCAUGGGGAGAUGUAUUGGAAGCUGAGCCAGGACAAGGAGCAGGGCGAGUGGCUGCAGACUUUUGUCAAGGGAGAGGGAUAUAAGAAGUUUGACACUAUCUACACACCUUUGAGCUAG